AUGGUGGAAAGAUUUCAUCGUCAGUUGAAAGAUGUUGCGAGAGGCUACUGCCUUUCCACACCACGUUGGACGAGUAUCCUGUCAAUGGUUAUGCUUGGUAUCCGAGCUAGCCUGAAAGAAGACUUAAGUGUUUCCGCUGCAGAACUACUCUACUGUGAAACCUUGCGUCUUCCUGGUGAAUUUUUUCGUUCAUGUAAAAUUAGUCCUGCAAUUCCAGAAUUCAUACGUCGAUUAAAGACUAAGAUCCAGAGUUUGCAGCCAGUUCCUUCUUCAAAUCACGCGAAACACAAGGUGUUUUUCCACAAAGAUUUGGCUAUAACGACUCACGUUUUCGUCCAACGAGACUCAAUUCGUCGACCCCUUGAACAGCCCUAUGAUGGGCCAUACAAGGUCUUGUCAAGAACGGACAAAACCUUCACACUGGAUAUGCAUGGACAAAAACGAACUGUCACUGUAGACAGACUCAAGCCUGCUUACAUUUUGAAUGAACAUCUUGAGCCGGCUGGCGUCCUUCCACAUUCUCAUUCUGAGUAUGAAACCAGAUAUGGACGAGUAGUCAGAUUUCGCAUUACUCCUCCGGUCGAAUAA